AGCAAAUUCCAGUCUGUGUGUCUGUGUCUGUGUGUGUGUAUGAGCGCAUGUAUCUCUUUCUCUCUCUCUCUCUCUCUCUCUCUCUCCCUCUGUGUGGCUGUAUGUGCGCCUGUGUGUGUGUAUGAGGUGGGGAAGAUCUUUUUUUCCUUCCCCCUAAUGCAUGCCAGUGUUGGAUGAAGCAGGCAGAGGGAGAGAGAGGAAAAAGACGAGAGCUGCCUCUGUGGUGUGUCUGUUCGCCUGCAUGCAAAGGGCUAAAAUUUGCAUCUGUUGUGCAGGCUGGCUGGGAACUGCAGGUGCCAAACAAUUACAUACAUAACUGAGAUGAUUUGCUGGUAAAAAAGCAUCCCUUCCAGAGUGGAGCAGCGCCUGCCUUCAUCAAUCAGACUUGUGCUGGAUGGUGCUGGUGGUGGUGGUACAGACGGUGUGUUCUCUCUUCCCGGGGCUGCGCUAUGGCAGUCUUUUAGUAGGAUGCAUCCUGCCUUGGCUUUGUUCUGCAGAUCCACCCAUCCUCCCAGCAAUCAAGUAACAGGCUAUGGUUUCCCCUUUGGAGAUCUUUCGUGCUUUACGGUUGUCUCGGGUUAGUUUUUGGCCUUGGCUGGAAUUUCAUCACCUCAUGUCUUGGUUGGCUUUAGCCUGAAGGGGAGGAAAACAAAACAGAGAAAGAGAGGAGAGAAAGAAAGAGGAUCUAUGUAUUUUCUUCUUCUUCCACAGUUUUGGGUGAUCAUCCAGCAUCGUUCUGGAGGGGGAGAUUCACCGUUCACCCUGGCUGAAAAACACAUCCAUUGAGAAGAAGUCUGAAAGAAAUAAACCACGUGAGGGGAAAAGGGGAAAAAGACCCUGGGAGAUCAGGAUUGUAUCUUUUUUUUCCAACCUUAUUUUUUUCUUUUUUUGGUCUAUGAUCAAUCUGGUGUCCCUCUCGAGGAGAACUGAUCUCAAUUUAUUAUUAUGCAACAACCACAAGGAUCUCAUCUUUCUCAGGGUGUAUAAGCGCUGGAUUGCUUUUCGCCCAAAUCAAUGAGGUUUCUUUGGAACAUUUUCAGCAAAGGAUCGCAUAUGCUGCAGUGUCUUUGUGGCAAGAGUCUUAAGAAAAACAAGAACCCAACUGGAUGGAAGAAGGAGAAGGACUACAACAAACACAAAUAGUGAUCCCCAGCUCAAGGGUAUAGUGACCAGGUUAUAUUGCAGGCAAGGCUACUACUUGCAAAUGCACCCCGAUGGAAGUCUCGAUGGAACCAAGGAUGACAGCAGUAAUUCCACAUUGUUCAACCUUAUACCAGUGGGACUUCGAGUUGUUGCUAUCCAGGGUGUAAAAACAGGCUUGUAUAUAGCCUUAAAUGGAGAAGGUUUCCUAUAUACAUCAGAACUUUUUACACCAGAAUGCAAAUUUAAGGAGUCUGUUUUUGAAAAUUAUUAUGUAAUCUACUCAUCAAUGCUCUACAGACAACAAGAAUCAGGUAGGGCCUGGUUCUUGGGGCUCAAUAAAGAAGGGCAAGUCAUGAAAGGGAACAGAGUGAAGAAAACAAAACCAGCAGCUCAUUUUCUACCGAAGCCAUUGGAAGUUGCCAUGUAUCGGGAACCAUCUUUGCAUGACGUUGGAGAAACAGUGCCAAAGGCUGGGGUGACUCCAAGUAAAAGCACAAGUGCAUCGGCAAUAAUGAAUGGUGGCAAACCAGUUAACAAGAGUAAGACGACAUAGCCAGAUCUCCAUGGGUGUUGUGACUUACCGAGCUCUAUUACAUAUGGCUGAGCACUUUACCCUUGCAAGACUGUCUCACUCUGGUGUCUGCGGAUCAGCUGGAGGCAAGCUGAUGCUUGCUCUUCGCUCGUUCUGAACAAGUUUGUUGCAAGCGGAUAAAUCUCAACCUGUAACUCCUCCCACAGCAAAGAAGACACCUGGAUAACCAGCUGAACUCAGACCAUGGAAUGCCCUACCAGAUAUGGAAUGCCUUUUUAAUAUCUUUUCUGUGACUGUGACACCUCAUGUGAAUGACAUACUUCACAAGUACACUUGAUAUCCUGCCUGCUGACAGUUACCCAUAAUCCCCCUUUUGAGUCCAGGAAACCCAUAUGUUUUAAGUUCAAUUUUGUAGCACACAAAACAAUAACAAAUAAUUUCUAGAUAGAUGCUGUAAACCUGUGCUAUUAUCGAUUUUCUCUUCUUCCCCCUUUUUUACAAGGCUGCUCGCUCUGCUGUCUGUGUGACUCCUUUGCAGGGAUUGUGUUUCUCUCAGAUUUAAAUGUUGAUGGUGGCUUAGUUUUGAAAAGCAAUCAGGGAAUCAGGGGAGCCUUCAAAAACCCUAUUAGGAAUUAUAUCUAUCAAAGGAUAGGAUCGUCUCAGAGUUCCAAAUGGGGGUUCAACAUGGGUACACUGAAGGUAGCGUUACUGAGGAGGUAAAAGCGUCAAACGUGGCCUGACAACAAUCUCUUGAGACCACUGUUUGACAUCUCCUGAUAGUUUCUUUGUGUGUGUGUGUGUUUUAUACAUAUCACAGGCUUACUGGUAAUGGUAACAUUUGCCUUCCCAGUGAGCAAGACCCACACAUUUUUGGGAACGUGGGUCCAAAGAACUCUGUAGGCCUUGUAGGCCUGAAUUAAGGCUCAUUUUUCAUCUACUAGUCAUUAUUUGAAAGUUUUAAAAAAUCACAUUAAAAUGAAUGGGAAUUGCGCUACCUAAGUCUGUUUCAAAACAAUAUAAUUCUUUUUCCUGUUUUUAAAGAAUAGAACGUAAUCCCAUCCUUAUUUUUGGCUGUAGUCCACUCUCUUACUCAGCAAAGCAUGGGCCAGGAAGUUAUUGUGUUCUUUUUUGCAGCACCAAUGCAAAGGGUAGUUACAAAAUAUACUUUAUUUUUUUCAGUGUUUAAAAAAGGAGAUGUUUUCAACAGGACAUAUUUAAAGAGUUCCUUUAUGUUUCUUUUUUAAAAGCAUGCAGAGUUCAAUCGCUAUAUAUUAUUUCACCAGUACCCCACUACCACAUGUUUCCAGUUCAGCUUCUUAGGAUAUUAUGCCCUCCAAAUUGCUAGGUUUAUGGUGCCUUGCCUUGAUAUCAAUAUUCUUUUCAUUGUUACUACACAAACCUAGGAAAAUUCUAAGAUGAGUACAUGGCCAAGAACUUUUCUCAUCCAAUUGCCUAAUAAAAUGAAGCUGGUUUCUAUUUCCUUGACACUAGAGUUGAUGUCAAUGAGAACAGAAAGGAGAAUGGCCACAAGGGGAUUGAAGCUGUAAAACAUAAAAUGGGUAAAGAAUUUGAAAGUGCUUUUUUAAAAGUAUGUGAUUAAAAACUGGAGGCAUGACAAGAACCAAAAUGUACCUCAGUUCUGGAAAACUAUGUAUGAGACUACUAGGUGUUCCUUUCCAUGUUUGCUUCUCAUGUCAUUUUUGAAUCUGUAUUUUCAGAAUGGCUUCUAAAUAUUGAUUUGUAUUUUAAAUCCAUUGUAGUCUCUUCCAAUGUCCAUCCUUUUUAAAGGGUUACCAACUGACCAUUGAUUAGCUUUUGAUGCUUACAAAAUUCUCAUACGAGCUUCAAUUUUUAAUAAACACUUUAUAUAAGUCCAGUAAAUUAUGCAAUGGGUUGUUUAAUUAAGAAUAUACAAAACAAUUUUUGACCAUUUCAUUUUUGUUUUAUUUCCAUUUAAGACAAGAGACUGUUUAAAGUUGGAUUGUUUUAACCAAAUGAACAAAGCACUUUAAAAGCUAAUCAAUUUCCAAGCAUGUAAUAAGACUCUGACCCAACUCACCCUGAAAAGAGAAAGAACCAAGGAAUCAGAGAAGCAUUGUAAAAUGGUGAAAAUAUGUGCAUAAAAUUAACUCCCUUCUCCCUGUAGCUUAUCAAAAUGACAUUUCCUUGAGGAUUAUAUUGUAAAGAAGGGCCUUUCCAUGUGUCAUUGAACGAGGAAGACCUGCCCAUUCCCCGGAUGUAUACAGGAAUCAGCAGGUGGACUGGCCCACUCCUGCAGGCGUUGUGUGUUCACAGGCUGUGUAGUGAACACUGAAACCGAAGGUCUCUGCCCAGUCUGUCAACUUACUCUCAACUGUGAAAUGCUUUGUGUUAUUCUCUAGAGCACCAGAUCCUAGAGCCUGCUUACUUUAAUUCUAAAUAGGCCGUUACAUUUCUGUACUGUGCAACUGGAGUUUUAAAAACAAACAUUCUGGAACACUCUGAAACAGGAAAGCGAAAUAAAAAGAGAGAGAAAAUGUUA